AUGGCGAGCACCGAGGAUAAAGCGGUCAACAAGGAGGUGACGUCCAGCUGGAAGGACUCCUUCUACAACCCGAGGACCGGGGAGGUGAUGGGUCGUACAGCCAGCAGCUGGGCCCUCAUCCUGCUUUUCUACCUGGUCUUCUACUGUUUCUUGGCUGGCAUGUUCGCGCUGACCAUGUGGGUGAUGCUGCUCACUCUGGAUGACUACGUGCCGAAGUACCAAGACCGCGUCCCCUUUCCAGGUUUGGUGGUUCAACCAAAUUCACUGGAUAUGUCAUUCAACAAAUCUGACCCGCCAAAGUAUGCAGAGUAUGUCAAGACUCUGGACACCUUCCUGCGAAGCUAUAAUGAUUCCGAGCAGGAGAAGAACGAGGACUGCACCCGAGGAGACUAUUUUCUGCAGGACGACACCGAAAACAUGUCAAAGAAAGCUUGCCGCUUCAAGAGGGGCUUCCUGAGUCUGUGCUCCGGCCUCUCCGACACCAGCUUUGGAUAUUCUGAAGGGAAACCCUGCGUGCUGCUGAAAUUGAACAGGAUCAUUGGCCUGAAGCCUCGUGGGGAUCCCUACAUCAACUGCACAGUAAAAAAAGAAAACCCUGUUCAAAUGCAGUAUUUCCCCAGUGAGGGGCGCAUUGACAAGAUGUAUUUCCCCUACUAUGGCAAGAAAGCCCAUGAGACUUACGUGCAGCCCCUGGUGGCUGUGAAGCUGCUGCUCACCAAGGAGGACUACAACAAAGAGCUGCCGGUGGAGUGCAGGGUGGAGGGCUCUGACCUCCGCAACAACGACGAGAGGGAUAAGUUCCUGGGUCGCGUCACCUUCCGGAUCAAGGUGGUGGAGUAAUGGAGAAGCAGAAACCCGAUGCAGAGGCUGCCCACGUUUGCUAAGGAUUUAAGUUUGAAAAAUAAAAAUAACAAAAAGGAAGGAAGGUUCAAAUACGUCACAAAGACGCCAUUUAGGGAUGUGGCCCAACAGUUUGAUGUAGAAGAUACAGAUAUUGAAUGUUGCUUUGCUGACAUUCUGACCCUUCUUUCCUUCAUGAUCUCCUCAAAGGUCAAAGACACAGGCUCUGCUCCUGACCCCAUCCAUCCAUCAUUCACCUGUUGCACUGUUCAUUCUUCACUCGCUUUAUUAUUUUUAGUAUUGAUGUGAUUAGAUAACUUAUAGCCAUUGCAACCAAGCUAUUUGGAGCCGUUGUGUAAUUUCUGAUACAACAUAUAUUUUUUUUUUAAUGUUUUUUUUUAGAUCUUUCUGCUGUCAGGAAGAGAGUGUUGUUCUCAUCUCUCCAAACUGUAUGAACGACUGCAGUGUCACUGGUGUUGAGAGGAUUUUUAUCUUGCUGUAUAGUGUAAUUGAGAAAAUAGAAGAUCUCCAGAGUAUUUCACAUCAUCACAUCACAAAGACGUCAUAGGAAACGUACCUUGAUAAUCAAGUAUAGCCACUGUAUCCCUGUAUAUGAAAUGCCAAUUACAAAGUCCCUUUCUACAUAUAAAUACAUUGUGAUCCUUACCAUAUUUAGGGAGUUAUAGAUAGAUCUUCGUGUUGUGGCCCGCGUAGCCACGACCCAGUCUUGUGCUGUCUGUCCGUCUGUCUGCAUGUCCGUCUGUCUGUCUGCCCGUCUUCCUGUUUACUCACCUCUCCACUGCAAUAGCCAACAUGUGGGUGAGCCCUCGACGAUAAGUCGUCUCGCUCCACCUCGCCGGGUGCUGCGUGGUGAUGGUGGCUGAGGCGACACACACACACACAAACACACACACACACACACACACGAAGGUACAGUGUAAAAAAGAACUUGCUUUUAAGGCGGAGAGGAAAGUUCACUGUAACUAUGUACUGUAUAUCUUUACGUGAUCUGUAUAUCUAUCUGGGUCUCAAAGAUUGUUUGUUAGUUUCUCUCUUCUUCAGCCUGUUGAUCUGAUUGUCUGCCAAUCUAUUACUCUUCAAUGUAUAUAUAUACACAUACUAUCUACCAUAUUUACUUAAUUCACACUGUAUUUUUGUCACAAAACACAAUGUCUGUGCACUGUAAAGAAAUAAUUUAAGCAAAGAUUUACAGGAAAUUAUCUUAUUCAAAGCUAUGUUUACACAGUCUUAAAAGGAACCCGCAUUUGAAAGACCAACUUGUGACAUCUCUUCAGGGUGCCUUAAGACCUGAUGAUAUAAAUUGUGGAAUAAAAGUGAUUUUGAAGAAAAAA